UUCAGCACCACUGACAAUCCGCAGAUUCAUGGGAAGAAGUUUGGGGGCGUAGGCAAAGAAUAGCGUGCAGCAGGAGAAAAGGUGGGGAAUGCUUGAAGGGGAAUGAUUCAGAGCCGACGCAGCUCUCUGGCGAUAGGGCUGGUGAAAGAAAAGAUAUGGUCUUGCAGUGCAGGUUGUCGCCUUUUUUGCUCUCGCUUCCUGCUCCUCAGCCUGUUUCUCACAAUCCCAUGUUUUGACCCUCUUCCACUCAAGCACGACAAAGUUGACUUCAUACUCCCCCUCAGUCGCAGGCAGAUGCGACGCGUUUUAUGAACACUGAAAGGACACUUGAAUGGAUCAACCUGUACGGGGAAAGCGAUGUUCUACCAGAAAGGAUUGUCGUCUAGACACUGGCUCACACAUACUGAUCGUCGAGAUACGUCGAAAGAUGACUGAUGUGUUCAGUCGCACACUUGACAUCUACAGCUCUGACAAUCCUAUCUCGUCUACUUACACACAUCGCACCCUCGACAUGUCGGACUCCUCUGCCAAACGCUCUCAGAUCAACAUCCCUCGACUCCCUCCCGUCAUUACCAUUACGCCGGCCACGCUACCUUCUCCCCAGAAUCUUCCACCCACCCCGGAUUCUCUACAAUCUCCCAAACACGAUGAGAAGAAGAGCUCUUCUCCUUCGCUACCUGCAACUGCCAAGUCCGCAUCUCCAAGCCCUAUCAGAGGUAUCCUCCCGAUCCUCACUGAUCGGUACGAUGAGCCAAGCUCCCUCUUGAUCCCCUUGACUCGACAUCUGCAGCUUCUUCAUCCUCAAACGCCAACUCCUGUCAUAGAAUUCGUGGCCACUCGAUUGAUCUCUCAUGAUCGUCCCUACGGUCACAGUGGACCUUGGAAGCCUCUCGGAGGUGAUGGAGAGGACAUCGACUUGUCUGCCGCUGGCAUCGGAAGAGAGGCUUGUAAAGGGUUCGAGCAGAGGGAGAAUGGGAGGGGAAGAGAGUUGGACCGGAAGUUGGAAGGUAUGUAUAGGAUUGCUAGGGAGAGCUGGAAUAGACUAGAUGACAUGGCUCCCUGCGGAGGAAGGUAAGGGCACACCACGCCCCCAUACAGUAGGCUAGGUGGCAGAUCCAUGAAUAUCACUUUCAAGCAAAUUUCUUAGUAACCCUCCUGCCCUGUGUGAGUCCCGCCUUUC